AUGCAUGCGCUAUCUCGCUCGCUUCCCGGGUCUUGCAAACUUCUUCGCAGUAAGCGCAAAAUACGGGCCUCCUUUGUCGUAAAUCACCUCGCGCUGCAGCCAUCGCGAACAGCGACACUGCUAGGCGUAGAGAGGUGCAGCCCCAACAUUAAUCGCUGUAGGAGAAUUCUAACCACCCUACGUUGUCCUCGUCGUUGUCGUCACUGCCGCGCGCCUGGCUUCGUUUGGCGUGUAAACCAAAUCCUAGCUAUCAGUCAGUUUAUAAUACGGUUCGUGCUCGUAAUUUUAGCGAUCAAUAGAGAAUUAUCAUCAAAAUAA